GUCAGGCCCGUUGCGUGAACAUUAGCAGUGCAGCAAACUAAGAAGAACUUUAAAUUUUCUGACUAAGAAGAGGUCCAGCAUGCCAUUUCUGCCCCAACUUAGCCCAACAGCUCAUUGGAGCACACACUGCUGCCUGGCAUGUUUGUUCAUCGUGAUCACCUACUCUGGACCAGUUUCUCCCCUUCAUGCCCCUCCAGUGACAACAGGUCUCCGCUCUGCUUUCUCUGCCACACAAACCAGCAGUGUAGUGGGAGGCAAGCAGAAGGCAGUGACCUUCAACAGGCUCAUGGUUAACAUCGGGGGGGAUUUCAAUCCAGACACUGGUCACUUCCGCUGCCGCAUCCCCGGGGCUUACUAUUUCUCCUUCUCAGUGGGGAAGUUUCCGAAGAAAAUGCUCUCUGUCAUACUGGUGAAGAAUGGCGAGGAGGUGCAGGCUAUGGCGUAUGAUGACUACCGCAAGAAAGGAAGGAAAGUUCAAAGCCAAAGCGUAAUGAUCAGUUUGAAGGAAAUGGACACAGUUUGGCUGCUUUUACAGCAGAGUCCUCAGUAUGCUUUGUACAGCAAUGCUGGUCCCUACAUCACCUUCUCUGGUUACCUCAUCUAUCCUGACAUCUCCUCAACCAGCUACAUCAGCAACCACCUGUCCUACCCAAACUGCCCCCCUCAGGCUGAUCGCCAGGCCAGAGGUCAGACGUCAGAGCAGCCGCAGUCUGCCUUCUCUGUGGCACGGACAUCCACACUCAUAGGUCAGAGUAGCAGGCAGCAGGGCAAGCCACCUCUGACCUUUGAUGUGGAGUACGUCAACAUCGGGGGCCAUUUCAACAAAACCUCCGGCCUGUUCACCUGCCAGUUCCCGGGGGCUUACUUCUUUGCCUUCACUGUGGGGAAACACCCUCGCAAGGCCGUUUCUGUGAAGCUGAUGACCGGGAAGGGCGAGGUGCAGGCGAUGGUGUUCGAUGAGGACACGUCGAAGAGACGGGAGAUGCAGAGUCAGAGUUUGCUGCUGUCUCUCCGUCGGGGCGACAGUGUUUGGCUGUACAGUCAGCAGGAUGAGCGUUAUGCUGUCUACAGCAACCAGGGGAGGUACACCACCUUUUCCGGCUUCCUGGUUUAUCCUGACGCAGUACCUCUAACACCUCCAACCAACCAGGACAGAACUCAGAUUUAAAUGUCUUUUUUUUUUUUUUAAAUAGCAGAAAAGACCAAAAAAAUUGUUUUUGCAGAAAAUCUGUAGGUUAAAAUCUUGAAUCUGUGGUCAGUAUAGUGUAAGUACAGUUACUGCUUUGUUUGUCUGCAUUUUAUUUUCUUUACAGUAAAUAAUGUAAUUCCAGGUUUAAUAUUUGUUGCCAAAUUACUCCACAAGAUGGCGCUAUGAAACAAUUAUGGACAGUAACCAUCACGCGAGACUGUCACUCUUGUUUUUAAAGUGCAAUUAGCUGUAAAACACAAAAAGAAAAUGUAUUAUUUGUGUUUAUAUAUAAUAAAUUCUUGAUUAAGUGAUUAAAUUUGGUUUUGGUUCACAACUAAAUGUUAUUUUAAAACUGUUUGUGUUUAAAACUUUUUAAAACUUUUUUAUUCUACAUGUAAAAUUUAUCAUUGUGUGGCGUGAGGACGAUUAUGUAAAUGAUGUAAAGUUUAUUUGCUGUAAAGUGUGAGUUCAAAUUUACUCACUGUAAAAACGAGACUUUGAGAUACAUCAUGAGUGAUGAUAGUUAUCUUUAAUAUGUAACUUUUAUAUUGUGGAUGUACCGUUCCUGUAUCUCUAUGGAUGUUUUGUGUGCAUUUCAGCUAAUCUAAAUAAAUUCAUACACUUGAAUGAAUGAAGCUGAAUAAUACAAAAUGUCGCACUGAGCACAAGGUAAACUUAGUGUCAGCUAAGUUCAUGUUGACUGCACUGAAAUGCCAAGAAAGGGAUGGGUGGAUGAAUUGGAUAAAUUACUGUUGCUGCAACAACUAUUUAAGCUUAUCCCACAUACUGUAACACCAUUGCUAAUGCAACAACUACAAUUAAUGACAACUACAUCAAUAAUUGCAGUAUGCCAGGUAUAACAAUACUUAAUAAAAAAGAAAGAAAGAAAGAAACCAUUUCACAGGU